AUGACCCAGGAAGAGCAGGCUAAUUAUGGUGCCAAACAGAUCAUGGAGUUUGUAGCGUCUUGUCCUGGAAAGACAAUACUUUCUGGAGUUUCAGGUUAUUUCCUUGGUGGAUUUUUUGGGAUGUUUAUCUCUUCCAUGCAGUAUGAUCAGCCAUUCGGCACCAAUAUGACUAAAUUAGCUGAUCUUCCUUUCAAACAACAAAUGAAGGUUCAAUUUAAAGAUAUGGGAAGACAAAUGUCGAGCAGUGCGAAAAACUUUGGGUAUAUUGGCAUGAUUUACUCUGCAGUUGAGUGUGCCUUGCAGUCUUUUAGAGCAAAAGACGAUUUAUAUAAUGGAGCAAGUGCUGGUUGUAUUACAGGUGCAGGUCUUGCAAUUAAAAGCGGUCCCACUGCGGCGUUUACUGGUUGUGCUGGUUUUGCUGCAUUCUCAUUGGCGGUUGAUGCUUAUAUGAGAAGUGAGAAUGGUGCACCCCCAGCAAAUGAUUACAAUGAUUGA